AUGGCUCGCCUCGUUUUUUUCGCUCUCCUCGCUGCUGCCCUCAGCGGUAUAUCCGCAUCUCCCGCAGACCAGAAUUUGCUUCAUGGACUAGCCCCCGCUAGCGAUAGAUGGAAGUGGGAGGACUGUGGCAGUUCCGCGCAUCCAGUUCACAUUCAGGAUAUUUCUAUUUCGCCGGAUCCACCAGAGAAGGGCAAGGAAAUGACCGUCACCGUGAUUGGCACUUCGUCGCAGGAGAUUGAGGAUGGUGCAUACGCUGACGUCGUCGUCAAGGUUGGAGCUAUCAAGCUUCUGCAAAGAGAAUUCGACGUCUGCGCAGAGGCGAACGCCAAUGCCAGCAUUCAGUGUCCUGUAUCCGAAGGGAGGCACGUUGUUAGUCACACCGUGGAUCUCCCGAAGGAAAUUCCGCCUGCUCCUUUCGCGGUCAGCAUUCGUGGCUAUACUACAGAUGAUGACGACAUGUUGUGCUUGAACCUCAACAUUGACUUCAGGCCAAAGCGUGGCGGAUUCUUGGGUCGCUAUCGUCACACCACCGCACUCCGUUUCACUGUAUCAAAUCGCCAUCAUCGUCGUAUGGCGAAGUGCCCUCUACGCUAUCUUCUUAUCCUGGAUUUCGAGGCAACAUGCGGUGAUGCUGUCAAUGGCCAAAACGAGAUCAUCGAGUUCCCCACCCUCGUGUAUAGCUUAGAGCGCGAUCGAGUGGAGGCCACCUUCCACGAAUAUGUGCGACCGGUCGUCCAUCCGACCUUGACGCCGUUUUGUACCGAACUCACAGGUAUCACGCAGGAUGUCGUUGGCUGCGCUGAUACGUUUCCUACCGUUUGGAAACGAUUUCAGGGAUUCAUGGACGACACCGAAGGCUUGUCUGACCCUGGCGCCUUCAUUUUUCUGACAUGUGGCAAUUGGGACCUCCAAUCCAUGCUUCCUCGUCAAUUGAUCCUCAGCAAAUGUGAAUCCGCCCUGGACGAGUCAGACAACCUGACUGCCCCGUUCAAUCGCUUUAUAAAUAUCAAGCACUCCUUCCGGAAAUUGUAUCGCCUUCGCCGCCAGCAGGGGAUGCAAGCAAUGCUGAAGGAUUUGAAACUUACGCUGGAGGGCAGACACCACUCGGGCAUCGACGACUGCAAAAACAUCUUGAGGAUUGUGCAGAGAAUGCGGGCAGAUGGAUGGAGGCCUGAACAAGAGGUGUCAUCGCUGUGA